AUGGUGAUAGAAAAGUCACUGGGAUGUCGUUGCGAGAAAGUUUCAAAUUUUUUUCUCAAAAAACAGUGAUAUGCAACGCAGGAAAGUUUCAUCGACGAUUUGGAGCAGAUUUUCGAAAACUGCUGCAUCUUUAAUGAGGACAAUUCAGCAAUCAGGCAUGCCGGUGAUGCGCUACGAAAAUUUUAUGUAAAACGUUGGAAGCAGCUGAGGUAUAAUUUCUCAAAACGUUUGAAACGCUUGCGGAAUCCACGUCUGUCAUCCGGAGGAUUGGUGCUGUCAUCGUCAACGCUACCAGCAGCAACGUCACAACAGCAAGCGGAACAACAUCAGCGGGCGACAACAUCAUCACCAACACAUCAGUCUGAAACUUGA